AAUCAAAAUCAGACCGUACGAUGCAUUAUUAAUUAAUUAUUUUCGACGUAGAUCCUAAAACUAAAAGAGGCAAGAAAAAACAACCAAACAAUUAUAAAGAAACACUCCAAAAAUCAAAUUCAUGCGAGAAUCAAUGUUAAUGAUUGUUGAAAGUUGAAGAAGAUGCACAGCAAAAUUGUUGCAGGAGUAGAACUAGUAAUACGUCCUUCAUCAGCUUUUUGUGGACUGAAUCACCGUCAUCAUCAUCCAUUCUUGUUCAAGACUCUUUGCUGCACCAACAAUUCUUCUUCGGACCAUAAGUUCAGGUUCAAUCUUGGGGGUGAUAGGAAGUGGAAGUUCAAAGAUAUUGAUGCCAGUACAGUACAAGAAUCAUUAAAUCACUGGCUGUCAAAGACACAGAACUUUUGGAAUGACGUUACUUCACCACUGGUAAAAACUGUAAAUGAUAAAAGAACCAGUUUUCAUGAUGAUACGCAAGAUACGGAGGAAGUAUUCAUGGCUGAACAGACUGUUGAUAGCCAAACACCAGAUGGUGAGCUUUCUGUAGCUGCCAUUCUUUCCAUUGAGCAAUUUAGCAGGAUGAACGGAUUGACUGGGCAGAAAAUGCAGAAGAUAUUCAAAGCACUUGGUCCUGAAUCUCUUCAUAGUGAUGCUCGUAGUUUGGUUGAAUACUGCUGCUUUAGGUUUCUGUCAAAGGAUACUUCUAUCCUUCAUCCUUGCCUGAAGGAACCGGCAUUCCAGAGACUAAUUUUCGUAACUAUGCUUGCCUGGGAGCAACCAUAUAGGAACAGAGGAGACUCCCGAGUUAAAUUUGCACAGAAGCAUUCUCUCCAGCUAAAGAGGAGACUAGUUGGAGAAGAGGCUUUUGUUCGUAUUGCUCCUGCUGUUUCUGGUAUUGCUGAUUGGACAACAGCACACAACCUUUUCAAAGCUCUUGCUGGUAAUGAUCGGGGCAUCUCAUUUACCUCAUGGUCCACAUACAUCUGUGAACUUCUCAAAGUGCAUGAAGGACGGAAGUCAUACCAGUUUCAAGAUCUCUCCCAGCUCCAUGAUGAGAGAAUCUUGUGCAUUGCUUCUGGUGGAAAACACCCUGUUCUUAGAUGGGAGAAUAAUAUGGCAUGGCCUGGAAAACUAAUUUUGACUGAUAGGGCCCUUUACUUCGAGGCAAUUGGUUUGAUGGGAAAAAGAAAUACAUCAAGAUUGGAUCUUACAGGAGAAGGUUCACGCAUAAAGAGAACAAGAGUUGGGCCGCUGGGCUUUGACUUUCUAGAUUCUGCUGUAUCUGUCACUUCAGGCCCUCAGUUAGUUAAAGAUCACAAUUCACAGAUAUACAACGUUCCAUCCUUCGAACAAAUAGCUUUCCAAAAGUUGGAUACAUGGGUAUUAGAAUUUGUCGACUUUGGAGGAGAAAUGAGACGGGAUGUGUGGUGUGCAUGCAUCAGUGAAGUAAUUGCUUUAUACAAGUUCAUACGAGAAUUUGGUCCCGAGGAAGGUGAUCAAUCAGUAUACAAUGUCUAUGGUUCCCAGAAAGGGAAGGCAAGAGCAAUUUCGUAUGCUACCAAUGCUGUAAAGAGACUUCAGGCUCUUCAAUAUUCUCGAAAGCUCUUGGAGGAGCCAACUAAAUUGGUUCAGUUCUCAUAUUUGCAAAAUGCACCUUAUGGUGAUGUCGUUCUACAAACUUUAGCAGUCAAUUGUUGGGGUGGACCAUUGAUUGCAAAAGUGACUGAUCAAGAGUAUCAAUCAAGGGAAUCUCCUGGAUCCACGAAUGAUGCAACAGAAAGUAGUAGUUAUGUGUUUGACAUAGAUGGAAGUGUGUACCUGCAGAAGUGGAUGAAGUCUCCAUCAUGGGCUUCUAGUGCUUCACUUGCUUUUUGGAAGAACCCGCGAUCGAAACGAGGGAUAGUUUUCAGUAAAAAUCUUGUUGUCGCUGAUAUGAAUUUGAUGGAAAAAGCAGCAUUGAUAUGUAGAGAUAAAUAUCAAGUAGUAGAGAAAACGCAAGCCACAAUUGACGCUGCAAUGAUUGAAGGGAUACCUAGUAAUAUUGACCUGUUUAAGGAACUUGUGUUUCCUUUAACAAUUAUGGUAAAAAACUUUGAGAAACUUAGGCAUUGGGAGGAUCCCCUAUUAACUGCCUCUUCUCUUGCACUCGCAUAUACAAUUAUAUUCAGGAAUAUGCUAUCUUAUAUUUUACCAGCAAUGUUAAUGGGCUUGGCUGCUGGCAUGUUAUUACUUAAGGGGCUCAAGGAGCAAGGCCGGCUUGGAAGAUAUUUUGGAAAAGUAACCAUACGUGAUCAGCCACCAUCAAACACACUACAGAAAAUUAUUGCAGUCAAAGAGGCCUUGCGUGAAGUUGAAAAGUAUCUGCAGAGCUUGAAUGUGUCGCUGCUCAAGAUUCGAGCAAUUAUUCUUGCUGGCCAACCUCAGAUUACAAUGGAAGUUGCUCUGGCUCUAUUAGUUGGUGCAACCAUUCUCUUAAUUGUUCCAUUUAAGUACAUUGCUGCUUUCCUGAUUUCUGAUGCAUUCACCCGAGAACUCGCGUUCCGAAGGGAAAUGGUUUUGAGAUUCAUGACCUUUCUGAAGGAGCGGUGGGAAACAGUGCCUGCCACCCCAGUUGUUGUACUACCAUUCGAGGAUGAUGAGUCCGAUGCACCAAACCAAAGAAAGGAGUCCAGCAAUGAUGUAGUAAAACCAGAUAAACAGUUAAAGCAGUAGGUUAUUGUAAAUCUUCUUCUAGGCAACUUUCUUCCUUCUUUUUUUCUGUUUUGUUCUUUAUAGUAGGUGGUUACAGCAGGUGUGACGGGUCGAAGACUGAAGCAGAAACAGUUUUUUCCCCUUAAAAACAGUAUCAUUUGGGUGGGAUUUCGUAAUUUAGCCUCUUGGAACAUACGUGAUAAAAAUAUGAUUGAUUUUGUGUAUAUAUCCGUCUAACAAUUUCCCAUGGGGGAUUUAUACCUGAUCCAUGCAUAAUAUCAGGAAAAAUAUAUACAAA